AGGGGAAGUGCGGGAGCUCGGGCCCCGGGUGUCUGAUGUCAGUCGGGAGCUGCCGCUCUUGAACCGGCCCCCUCAAUGCUUCAGAUGCCUGGGAGACUGCCCCUGUAUGGGUAUCACCGUCACAUCGUGACUUAAAAGCAGCGACAACUGCUCUCCCCCCCCCCCCCCUUCCAAUCAAUUCAAGUCGGCCGUUGUUAUUUUAUUUAAAUAUAAAAGGGGCGGCAUCUUUUAAAAUUUUAAAUUCUUUGCAGCAACUCCCACCUCCCUACAGCUUCCCCCCCCCCCCCCCCCAACCUCCCUUGCAAGAGGAGAGCAGCCUCUCUCCACCAUGUCAGCAGUCAGGCCGCACUUUUACAAACAGGAGUUGAAUAAGACAAUUUGGGAAGUGCCGGAGCGAUACCAGAACCUCUCCCCCGUCGGCUCAGGGGCUUACGGCUCCGUCUGCUCUGCUUUUGACACAAAAUCGUCUGUUCGCGUGGCAGUAAAAAAACUUUCCAGACCAUUUCAAUCUGUCAUUCAUGCAAAACGAACAUACAGAGAGCUACGAUUGUUGAAACAUAUGAAACAUGAAAAUGUAAUUGGCCUAUUGGAUGUUUUCACACCAGCAACAACUUUGGAAGAUUUUACAGAUGUGUAUUUGGUGACAAACCUAAUGGGAGCAGACCUAAACAAUAUAGUUAAAUGUCAGAAGCUUACGGAUGACCAUGUACAGUUCCUAAUUUAUCAGAUAAUUCGGGGCCUUAAGUAUAUUCAUUCAGCUGGAAUCAUACAUAGAGAUUUGAAACCCAGCAAUCUAGCAGUGAAUGAAGAUUGUGAGCUAAAGAUCUUGGACUUUGGAUUGGCUCGUCAUACUGAUGAUGAGAUGACUGGAUAUGUAGCCACUAGAUGGUACAGAGCUCCAGAGAUAAUGCUAAAUUGGAUGCAUUACAAUCAAACAGUUGAUAUUUGGUCUGUUGGCUGCAUUAUGGCAGAAUUGCUGACAGGAAAGACUCUGUUUCCAGGCACAGACCAUAUUAACCAGCUUCAGCAGAUCAUGAGAUUGACAGGAACCCCUCCUGCUUCCUUAAUUAACAGGAUGCCCAGCCACGAGAACCCUAGCUUUAAGAAAAUGGGCUGUCUCUUUCACAUCUUUCUUGGACAAUGUGAUGGUUUCCUGAAAUUGAGGCUAGAAACUACAUACAAUCCUUACAGCAUAUGCCAAAGCAGAGCUUUGAAGAUGUAUUCAUUGGAGCAAAUCCUCAAGCUGUUGACCUUUUGGAGAAAAUGCUUGUGCUGGACACAGAUAAGAGGAUCACAGCGGCAGAAGCUUUGGCUCAUUCAUAUUUCUCUCAGUAUCAUGACCCGGAUGAUGAACCUGAAGCAGACCCUUACGAUCAGUCGUUUGAAAGCCGAGAGCUUGAAAUAGAAGAAUGGAAAAGAUUAACCUACGAAGAAGUACUCAGCUUUGUGCCACCAGAGUUACAAGUCGAGAAUAUGGAAAUUUGAGCCAUAAAAAUCUUACUUCUGUAUUCAGAUCUUUUGUAUCGCAUCACUGUGAGGACUUAACCAGUUCGACUGAUGGUUCUUUCCAAUAUUAUCAAGUGCCUACCAUGGUCUUGAUGACGGAUUGUUUGUGGGUGAGGGCAAAAUAGAACUUUUAUAACAAUUCUUCUACAUCCUGCAUGUUUUGCUAAAUCCUGAGCAAGCUUUUUGUAUAUUGUCAUUAUCAUCCACUGUGAACUCUGUUUGCUAACUAAAUCUCUUGCAAGCACUUGUAUUCGAACUGGUAAACUUUUGUGUAUUUGUAUGCUUUAUUUUCAAAAUUGCAUACUAUUUUAAAUGUUCAAUUACAUGUACAAAAAAACACCCAAAACUAAAAAAAAUGCAAGCAGUAAUUGUUACUUUUAUAAAAAGUACAAAUGGGAUGUACAUUAAUUUAUAGACUUAUUUGCUGUUUACAGCAUAAAGGGGUGAUUGUUUUUAUUGUGAUUUCAUUUUUAAAACCUACUUUGUUCAGCAAUACUACUACAAACUAAAAGAACGCAUGUCUUUGUUUAUAAAAUAUUGGAACAGGAAUGUUAUAGCACAAAUUCAACGAUUUAGAUUUACUUAUUUGUAUUAAAAUUCUUCAACACUCUUGUGUAAGGUUAAGUAGAAUUAUGAAAAAUAUUUUCCAUACUGUAAUAACUACUCCAGUUGUCCGAUUAUACCUGUAGAUUUAUUUGUUGUAAUUGGAAUGUGACUUACCAGGUGUGACAUUGUAGUAAGACCAUACAAUAAACUACUCUGAAAUAAAUUCAGAUGCUUUUUCAAAAA